AUGGCAUCCCAAGGCCAGGUCAUUUUCUGGAGCAUGACUACGGUCAUUAUCAUCCUGAGUGUGGUGAUUGCUCUGAUCAUCGGGUUUGGUGUCUCAGGAAAACGCUCCAUCAGUGUGACGGCGCUGACGUCUCCUGGGAACAUCGGCCAGCGCGGCAUCCUGGGCUGCACUUUUGAGCCCGACAUCCAGAUGGGCAGCAUAGUGAUCCGGUGGGCCAAGGCGGGAGUAGCCGGGCUGGUUCACGAGUUUAAAGGUGGGAAGGACCACCUGCAAGAGCAAGACACGUCGUUUCAGGGCCGCACGGCGGUGUUCGCGGACCAGGUGAUCGGCGGCAACGCUUCCCUGGAGCUGAGGGAUGUGCAGCUCUCCGAUGCCGGCACGUACUGGUGCUCCGUCACCACAGCCAGAGGGAGUGGGGCGGCAGUGCUGCAGUACAGGACGGGAGCCUUCAGCACCCCCAAGGUCCACGUGGAGAACAGCAGCAGCGGGGACACGUUGCAGUGCGAAGCACCGCGCUGGUUCCCUCGACCCGCCGUGCACUGGACAGCCUACAGCGAUGCUGGGGAGUACCUACCUCACGCUGCCAACACCAGCUACGAGCUGAAUGCUGAAAAUAUCACUCUGAAAGUGGUUUCCUUUCUGCACAUUACUGCUAAUGCCACCUACACCUGCGUGAUUGAGAACAACAUUGCAAAGGCUACAGGCAACAUCAAAGUGACAGCCUCUCACUAUUCUUCUGCUACAGAUUUCAGCAUUACAAGGGGGACCAACUUGCAGCUGGUGAACCUGAAUGCGGAGUCAGUGUCCUCCUCCCUUCUAGCCUGUCACUGGAUGCUUCUGCUUCCCCUGUAUCUGCUGUCGAUAUAAAGCCUCUAUAAAACAAUCAGAAACACUGCUGGACCAGGAGGUAAGCUUGGAAAGGGAAACUCAUGAGCAUAUAUGCUGAGUAUACAUAGACCCUCUUGCUGAGUUUGGUUACAGCAGCAGACGCAUCUCAAGCCUGCCAGAAUGGGAGGACACGUCUUUCCCCUGUGCCCAUCCUUUCCCCAUCUCCAGCUUUAGGUGGGAUGCAUGGCUUGUCCCUCCCACAGGCUCCCUGAUGGCUUCUCCCAUCAUUUUCUGCAACCUUAGAGAUUCUUCUCUUAUGCCAUCAACUGUCAGCUCUUACUUGUCCCCUCAUUCUCUUUUCCUUCCCUCCUCAACCUUCUCUCUGACCCGAAAGACAGAUGUCUCACUGCUCUGCGCACCCUCUGAACCUUGGCUACAGUUCAUGGCUGCAAGGCAGUGUGGACUUUUUCCUCUCCCUCCUCAUGAGGCCUGCUGCAGUACAAGCCUUGCUUGCACCCACUUUACUCAGACAACUCCACUGCACAGUGCAGUAUCUUCAGUAAACAGUACCUACUACGGACACCUUGAACAGGGCUAGAGGGAGCUGCCAGCCUGAGCAAUCCCACCUAGACCUGGAAUAAGGAGGGCUGUAGACAGUCAAAGCACAGGACAACCGCCUUUAGUAUUCAUCAGCUUUGGCUUUGGGUGGUAGGCUCUAGAGGUAUACUGGUGACGAAGUGGAGAGCUACAGAAAAUCAGCUAAAAGGAACUCCUCUGUCUUUCCACGCAGAACAGUUACUACAGCUACCCUGACGGCAGGACACGCUUCACGCUUUCCUCCCUCUUGGGCUGAGAACUUUAAGAGCUCCUCCCAGUUCCAGAGCACACAGUAGCACAAACUUGAAGCCAGCUGAUUUCUCUCUUGUAUUCCUAUUUCUUACCCAUGCCAACAACAGGAUACUUUGUUGGCUUCAGAAAAGAGAGUGAGGAAUGAGAUAAAGGGGAGUUGCAUAAAUAAAGGAAAAACUCUGAUCAAGGAACAAGAUGUGUUCUCUUGUCUGAAGUUUCCCAUUGCCCAGAACUCUGAUCAUGGGCAGAAGCUCAGAGACAAACAGGAAAAGGGUUUCCUGCAAUAAAUCUGAGAACUGGUCCUUCAAACUCAGAGUACUAAAAGCAAGCAAAUCUUAAUUCCCCCCAAACAGAUUUGAUUCGUCUGUCUCAUGUCUUGUGAUUCUCUGAAUGUACUAAUAAAACUGUAAAUGAGAGCCAGUUAAUCUAUUCAGUCUUCUCAGAAGACUAUAAUCAAAAUUGCCUUCUGAAAGAGAUGUGAAUGGCAAAACACCGAUGGAUUAGAAAAUAGCCAACAGGCUUGGAAUAAGCGUUAGGUCUUCAACCUGGCAAAGGCAAACAGCCUGUAUGACGACUGAUGAUUGCAUUUGUAAAGUGAAAUAAAAGAGGAACAGGUGAGUAGUAAGUGUGGCAGCAGACAGAAGAAUAACAUACAUAAUGAGGAGGAAAAGAGGGAGACUAGUAAGAUACUACUGGGAAGUUCAAAUUCAGAAG